AUGACUCUUAGAGUUGUGCCCAGUGUUCUUGGGAAACGAGGUUUGCGAGAGCUGUAUGGUACCGCAACCAGACGCCCUUCUCUGCUAGCAGCCCAAAGAUGCCUGCCUACCCCCUACGGAGUCCGCUUCUACGCAACGGUUGAAGAAGACAGCAAGCGUGAAACCUAUCCUCCACCAAAUUUUGAUGCCUCUAAAGCCAAACAGGCCUCGAAUGCGCAGUCCUCGCCCGCUGCUACCGAGAAUAGACCUCCUUCGACUGAUGGUUCCACGAAAUCCGAUGCAUCGACCUUAAGCCCAGCUGACUGGGAAGAGAACCCAGAUCUCAGUAUAUCCAAGUUUUCAGAGCUUCCAGGGAAGGACUUCGGAGUCAACCAACAUAUUAUAAUCAAUGAAGAGUUCAAGGAGGCCUUGAGGCAAAUCUUGUGGAACUUCAAAGCACCAAUUCGUUAUGCCUUUGCGUACGGCUCUGGUGUCUUUCCACAGAGUUCCAGCAAUAAAGGCGGAAAUACAAACCUGCAUUCCUCGCCGCCUGAAGCCAUUUCCAAGGUUCAAGAUGGAAAUCAGAAAAUGAUUGAUUUUAUUUUUGGCGUGUCCUAUUCGCAGCAUUGGCAUUCGCUCAAUCUUCAACAACAUAGGAGCCACUACUCUGCGGUGGGAUCUCUGGGCUCAUAUGCUGUCUCCAAAAUACAGGAUUCAUUUGGGGCUGGAGUCUAUUUCAAUCCAUUUGUGACUGUCAAUGGUACCCUUAUCAAAUACGGAGUUGUGAAUUUAGACACUCUCUGCAAGGACCUAUCGGAGUGGAACACACUAUAUCUUGCCGGUCGGCUACAAAAGCCUGUCAAAAUCUUGCGAGAUAACCCAGCCGUGCGGUUGGCAAACCAGGUCAAUCUCAUCGCGGCUGUACGGACAGCCUUACUCCUUCUCCCACCUGAAUUCACCGAGAAGGAACUAUAUGCAACAAUUGCAGGCAUGUCAUAUAUGGGGGAUCCACGAAUGUCAAUAGGUGGGGAUGAUCCUCGCAAAGUCAAUAACAUUGUGGAUAAUCAGCUCCAUAACUUCCGACGAUUGUACGCUCCAUUGAUCGAUAAUUUACCCAACAUCUCCUUUACCGACUCGGCUUGUUCAAAUAGAGACUGGUUUGAUGAUCCGACCGUCAAUGCCAAAAUUUCACAGAACAUGGACCCCGUAACUAGAGGACAUAUGGUUCGCAGACUGCCCAAUGCCUUCCGUGAGAAGCUUUAUUUCGAGUAUCAGUCCAAGUUCAGGAUACCCAGAGGAGAGUUCAACAAGUUGAUGGAAACGACAAAGGACGAAGAUCCGGAUCGGAUCCGGAGACGAGAGGGGGGACCCUUUGAGCAACGUAUCGCCAAGGACAUUGAAGGCGGAGGUCUACGCGAGGAGGUUCGUCAGGUCAUUGUCAAAACCAUCCGUUGGCCCAGCGUGUCCCAGAGUAUAAAGAGCGCCAUCACUGCUGGAGUUGGCAGAAGCUGGCGCUAUGCCCGAGAAAAGCGACAGAAAGCCAAGGGUACAGCUACUUCCACCCUGCCCCAAGAGAAGACCAAGGAAUGA